GAGAAAGAGCAGUGAAACAUUGGGUGUAUUUACAUCUAUGUGGGUGAUAGGUAGGAGCUGUGGUUUGUGCAGGGGUGCUGCUCCUCUGGAUUUGAAUCCGAUGUAGAUGGUGAUGAUUUUUAUUUUUAACAUUUUUUUUGUUGUUUUUGUUGUUGUUUUGCAGACCGUUGCUACUGCAGCACAUGAUUACUGUAAUCUGUGCCUCCCUUUGCCCAGUUCCCAAAAGGAAACCAGGCAACAUCAUGGAAGGAAAGAAUCAAACAGCUCUAUCUGAAUUCAUCAUCUUGGGAUUCUGCAACCUAAAUGAAUUACGGUUUUUACUAGUCACCAUCUUCCUUCUGACUUAUAUCUGCACUUUGGGAGGGAAUAUAUUCAUUAUUUUGGUGACUAGGGCUGAUCCACACCUACACACUACCAUGUAUUAUUUUCUAGGGAACUUGGCCUUUCUUGACAUCUGCUACACCACCACCAAUGUCCCCCAGAUGAUGGUGCAUCUUCUAUCUCAGAAGAAAAGCAUUUCCUAUGGGGGAUGUGUGGUUCAACUUUUUGCAUUCAUUUUCUUCGUAGGAUCGGAGUGUCUCCUCCUGGCAGCAAUGGCAUAUGAUCGUUACAUUGCAAUCUGCAAACCUUUAAGAUAUUCACUUUUUAUGAGCAAAGUACUAUAUAGCCAGUUAGCAGCCUCAUGCUGGACUGGUGGUUUUCUCAACUCAGUGGUGCACACAGUACUGACAUUCCACCUGCCCUUCUGUGGCAACAACCAGAUUAAUUAUUUCUUCUGUGACAUCCCGCCUUUGCUGCUUUUGUCUUGUGGGGACACAUCUGUCAAUGAACUGGCAUUGCUUUCCACUGGAGCCUUCAUUGGCUGGACACCUUUCUUGUGUAUCAUCUUUUCCUACCUUUACAUAAUCUCCACCAUCUUGAAAAUUCAAUCAUCAGAAGGGAGGAAAAAGGCCUUUUCUACAUGUGCCUCCCACCUGGUCAUUGUCCUUCUCUACUAUGGCAGUGCCAUCUUCACAUAUGUGCGGCCCAUCUCAUCUUACUCAUUGGAGAAAGACAGGCUGAUCUCAGUAUUGUACAGUGUUGUAACUCCCAUGCUAAACCCUAUAAUUUACACAUUGAGGAAUAAGGACAUCAAAGAGGCCAUGAAAGUUCUGGGAAGGAAGUGGCAGCCAUCAAGUUCCCUCUUUUGA